ACAAGGGGUCAAUCGUCGUCCCUCUCUGCGUCGUCUCCUGUCUCUGUCUCUCUGUGUCUGCGAGGUGCGGUUGAGACGGGAGGACUAGAACGUUCCAAUCCCCGGCGGGGUUUGAUUAGGGUUUUGGCCAGGGGUUUUAGGAGAGGCAUCAUCAUCAUCAUCAUCAUCAUCAACCCCCACUCCCUCCCUCCCUCCCUCCCUCCCACAGUGUUGGGUCUCUUCCUCGCGAGCGUUUCCAGCUUCCUCGGGGGAACACCAGCCACGCCGCCGCCGCCGCCGCCGCCCAAAUGGUUCGCUCCAAUGGCGCCAGGCUCCUCCAUUUGUUCGCUCGCCGCUCCCUCUCCUCCAGCCUCUUCAGCGACUCCACCCCCUCGAUAAUCAAUUCGGUGCUCCGAGGCGAUCCCAGGAGAUUCGGUACUGGAUCUUGGGCGGCUCCUAGGAUUUCCCCUGCAAAUGGCAAUUUGAGGAGUUCUUUUCUCUUGCGUGCCUCCAAUUCCAAUUGGGGUUCUACGAGAUCAAUUCAUGGCACCGCAAUUAGGUAUGCCCCGGAUUAUUAUGAAAUACUUGGCGUAAAUAAGGAUGCGGGUCCUUCUGAAAUCAAGAAAGCAUACUAUGGGCUAGCAAAAAAACUCCAUCCAGAUACUAAUAAAAGUGACCCCGAGGCUGAAAAGAAAUUUCAGGAAGUUUCAAAAGCUUACGAGGUUUUAAAAGAUGAAGAGAAGCGACAGAUCUAUGACCAGGUUGGCCAUGAAGCUUUUGAACAGCAAGGGAACCCUGACUUUGAUUCUGGAUUUCGCGGAUUUAAUAAUCCAUUCGAUGAUAUUUUCAAUGGAGAUAUAUUCAAUAUAUUUAGGCAAAGAUUUGGUGGCCAGGAUGUGAAGGUUUCUGUUGAGCUGUCUUUCAUGGAAGCGGUCCAGGGAUGCACUAAAACAAUUACAUUUCAAGCCCCUUUAACUUGUCAAACCUGUGGUGGAACUGGUGUACCGCCUGGGACAAAACCAGAAAAUUGUAGACGCUGUGGAGGUGCUGGGGAGACAUACAUGCAAAGAGGCAUGUUUAGUAUCCGUCAAACUUGUAGUCAAUGCGGAGGAUCUGGAAAAACUGUCUCGAGCUUUUGCAAGACAUGCAAGGGUCAAAGGAUUGUAAUGGGAUCAAAAUCAGUCAAAUUGGAUAUCAUGCCAGGGGUAGAUGACAAUGAUACCAUGAAAGUGAAUAGAAGUGGUGGUGCGGAUCCCGAUGGAAACCAACCUGGAGAUCUUUACGUGACCAUUAAGGUCCGUGAAGAUCCUGUUUUCCGACGAGAAGGUGCUGACAUCCAUGUCGAUGCUGUUUUGGGAGUCACACAGGCAAUUUUGGGAGGAACCAUCCAAGUUCCUACUCUGACAGGAGAUGUGGUCCUCAAGGUCCGUCCUGGUACUCAACCUGGUCAGAAGGUUGUUUUGAAGAAAAAAGGGAUUAAAACUCGAGGCUCUUUUUCUUUCGGUGACCAGUUUGUGCAUUUCAAUGUCAGCAUUCCGACGAAUUUAAGCCAGAGACAAAGGGAGUUAAUUGAAGAGUUCGCAAAGGAAGAACAAGGUGAAUAUGACAAACGUACAGCAGCUGGUGCGUCUGGCUAGGAUGAAGUAUUUCUGCUAUUGAUUACAUUGACAUCAAAUGUAUUUUGCUCAAAGUAAUUGACACCUAAUAGUUGAGGCAGAAUUUCCCUCCGCAUCGAAGGUAAUGUUACUGUAAAUAUAUAAACCGAUCAUAGUAUUUGAUAAACUAGGUAGUAGGAACAUGUAAGUUCAUUGAAUGACUAAAAUUCCUUGGGUGUACCACUGAGAUUAUAUGGAUUUAUGCCUAUGCACAUUCUGAUACAUUUGGGUGGAC